AUGAACAGGGAAGUUGCUAUAUCAAAAGCAUUGUCGAAAUUGUUAAGACACGCUGCUGAGGAAGCUGGACUAAAGCUUGACGCAGAAGGAUAUACACCUCUAGAUCAAGUGCUCAAAUGGCAACGUCUACAGUCUCUUCAGCCAACAUUCGAAGACAUCCGCACUGCAGUAACGGAUAACGCCAAGCAACGCUUCUCAAUGAAACUAAACCCAUCCCUCAAUACACCACCCGAUCCAGCUUCUGAAAAUCCCUCUGACUGGGUAAUCCGCGCCAAUCAAGGUCACAGCAUAGCCAUUGACUCUGCAGCUCUUCUCAUACCCAUCACUAUAGAAGCUGGAAAUGUCCCAGAUAUAGUUGUUCAUGGUACUUACUACGCAUUCUACCAACCAAUCCUUGCAUCCGGAGGCUUGAAAAAGAUGAGCAGAAAUCACAUACAUUUCAGUACCGGGCUACCAGAGGAUAAAGGAGGAGUUAUAAGCGGAAUGAGGAAAGAUGCCGAGCUCUUGAUCUAUAUCGAUAUUCAAAAAAGCUUACAAGAUAAAACAUUAUGGUGGAUUAGUGACAAUGGUGUUAUCCUGACAGAAGGCGACGAGAACGGGCUUGUCCUGACAAAGUAUUGGAAGAAGGCUGAGGGUAGGAGACAAGAUGUUGGAGUCCUCUGGGAAGAUGGAGAGCAAGUUGCAGAGUUGCCGCAAAGUGUGAGGAAUCGAAAAGCACCCAACGGCAAGGGACCAAGGGGCAGGAGGGAGAAUGAGAAACCUAAAGGAAACGGCGGCAAGGGAAGAGGCAAGCCCAUGAAGGAGUUAGAUGUUCUUGGCGGAGGGGAUGGUUUAGGUACCGAAUAA